ACAUGCAUUAUUCAAUUCAAAGCAUCUAGUGGCUUCUGUUUCUGACCCAGCUAUUGUCACUUGCAGAUGGUUCAUUUGAUGUAUUUGAACUCACAAUAGGCCUAUAGGUUUCUAUUUUUUAUCUAUUUAUUGCAAUGUGGAUUUUUACCUUGAUAACCCUAUCCUGUGGUUUCAUUGCCCAAGUGAUGUCCCACGAUAUUAAAGUCCACUGUUUUUCUUCCAACAAAUUGCCAUCUUUUUCGCUGAACGCCUCCGCCAGCUUGCUGAAGAACCUGACGGUGGAGGAGUUGGUGGAGCUCAAAGAGCUCCACAUAAAAUGGGCUGUCAACGUGGAUGUGAGCAAUAAGCACCUGACGGGCACUCGGAUCCAAGUGGGCCUGAAUUAUUUCCUCUGUGAAUACACCCCAUCAUUUGCCAACGCAAACCUCACUGGCUUAACACUGCUGUGGUUUAAACUUAUUGUACCUGCAAGACAUGGGAAUCCUCGUGUGGAAGCAGCCAAUCUACCUUUUCCCCCCGUCGCCAAUGGGGACCCCUACCUGACUGCUGAAGUGAUGGAAGAAUAUUACAGUGCAGAUAUUGGUGAAACUCUUACAGAGCCUACAGAACCCAGUUGGAGCGGGCAUGAAGAUGGGUACGAGUACACAACCAUUCUGGUGGCUCUCUUUGGAGUGGUGCUGGCUGGCUCUGUCGUCCUUGGUUCAUGUCUGAUCCUUUGUAAAGCCUACAAAGCGCACAUCGUGGUGUCCGGGGACUUCAGCCUACUCCCGGCGUCCGGUGAGCCGCCCGUCUGUGUGCUGCUGGUGUACCCUGCUGAGUGCCCGGCCUUCCAGGCAGCGGUGGUGGCUCUGGCCGAGUUCCUCCAGGAGCACGGAGGCUUCAGUGUGGCCGUGGACCUCUGGCAGCAGGGACAGAUAGCCGAGCUGGGCCCCAUGCGCUGGGUGGCCGGUCAGGCCAAGGCUGCAGACAGAGUCCUGGUCGUCUGCCCCCAGACCAUUAGCUGCCAUUCCCACCAUGGCUUUCUUGGACCCUCAGUACCGGCCUCUGCCAGUGACCUUUACCCGCUGGUUCUCAACAUGGUGGCCAGCCAUGCCAAGAACCCCAGUGAGUUGGCUCUGUUCUGGGCCGUGCAGUUAGGCAAGAGUCAGGAUGACAGCCCUAGAAGACUCCCAGGGGAACUCACAGCCUGCAAGAUGUUUUCUCUAACAAAGGACCUCCACAUGCUGUGUAGAAGCCUCCAUAACAAGAAACAGGACUCUUUGAUUCAAAGAAGGCCACAUAUAUUCUACAACGAAAAGAGCAUGAUGAAGCUGCAUGAGGCAAUAGGGCAGCUCACCGAGCACCAGUCUAGCAUAACUGCAGAGCAAGAGCACUUUAAUUCUGUAGUCGUCACUGUAUAAUAAUGUAUAUAUAAUUGUUACUGUACUAUUACAUUUUAUUUUGUACCUCGUAGCCUAGUAUAAAACCAAAAAAAUAAGUGAUACGUAUCCAUAGAUGGAUAUUAACUAUUGUUAGUAGUUAUAUAAUUGCUAAAUAUUCAAGGUUCUGCUGUUACUAUGCUGUUAUACUGUUUUUAUAUAAAUGAUAAUCCACUAAAUCUGUGUUGAAAACAUUUAGAAAUAUAUUUUACAUUUCAAAUAUACAUCAACAUCAACAACAAAAACAACAACUGUACAAUUUUAUGUAUUUGAACUAAAUAAAUUAUGUUUGAUAAUUGGA